UUCCUCUUCUCUCGAGGUGGAGACACGAAAGGCGGUAUAGGAAGGUGUCCGUCAACCAUGGCCAAAGGAAGACAUCGAAAGCCGGAGAAGACGGCGCUGCCUGCGGGCGCGCAGGUCAUGACGGGCAAAAGUCGGAGUAGACAAAAGGCAUCGACCUACUCACGGCCCUUGCCCGUCCGCGUGCAAGGGGCAGAGGUGCCGGGGAAGAGGCCGACAAAGAGCACAGAGGGCUGGUUACAGUACCUCUGGAGGCUAGCUGGCUUUCCGUCCUCAAGCGAGAAGAAGGGCAAGGAGCAAGAGGAGGGAGAAGAGCUCGUCACGGGCCGGUGGGAUCCUAUGUCGAAGUCGGUGCAGUUAGAAGUGAGCGUUCCGAUACAAGGCGGGCCUGGACCGAGACAGGAACGGAGCAAAGCGAUGCGCCUGCUGUGGGAGUGCGGCUUCUUUGGCAAGGGGACUCUGAGCAGGAGUGAGCCGACGUGGCGAAUGCGGCAGAUCAACACCAUACGGAUCGUGCGAGAACGUGAGAGAGGCGGCAAGAAGGUCUUCACGCCUGAGGAGCUGACGGCACUUCGGCGAAAGGAGAGAAAAGCGGCGAAGAUCGAGCGAGCGAGGCUUGCCGUCCGGGCUGGACAGCAGCUCCCGGACGGCAUCACAGCCCUCGGCGGCACUCUGACCGAGGAGGACGAGCGAGAAAUUGAGCGACAGGUCGAGCAGGAGAUGAAGCAGGAGGCUGGCGAGGGAGCCUACGGAAAGCACAUUCCUGGCCUCAUUUAUCUCAAACCUUCAGCGGAGAGCACGAAGGAACGCUCGUCCGCUCCUGCUGUCGCUGAUGGUGAUAUGUCUGUGACGCAGAAGAGUGCUAAACGCGACGACGACGACGAUGACUACAUUGACGUCGAAGAUGUCGAGAGGCUCCAACUCAGCAGCUACGAAACGCUCUUCUUGGCGGGCAUGAUCGGAGUCCUGCAGGUCAUCGAUGAGAGAGGCAACGUGAUCCCGUUGCCAGACCUCUACGGCCUGCUGCUGAGCAACUCGCUCCCACCGACGCUCCUCCCGACCUCUCCCCUCUCUCGGCCUUCUGCCGAGCUUGUCGCCUCGGUCUCUCGACACUGGGCCAGACCCGACAACCCCUUUCUCAUCACCUAUGUCGCCUAUCACCACUAUCGAUCCCUCGGCUGGGUCGUCCGAUCCGGCCUCAAGUUCUGCGUGGAUCUGCUAUUGUACAAAAAGGGGCCAGCAUUUUCACAUGCCGAGUUCGGCGUCGUCGUCGUUCCUACCUACGAGGACGGGGACGACGACGACGACGACGACGACGUGGAGAGCAAGACGCCAGCGCCAUUUGGACCGAGAGAGGCACAAAAGGACUGGGUAUGGUUUUCGUCGACGAAUCGAGUCCAGAGCCAGGUCCUCAAAACGCUCAUCCUCUGCCACGUCGCGGUCCCUUCGGUGAAGCGCAUCGGUGAGGAGCAGCUCAAGCGGCCGGAAGCUUUUGUCGACGCUCUCCAGUCUGGUCAAAGCUAUUCGGUCAGAGAGACAGCCAUCCGGAGAUGGGUGCCCGCCAGGAUGAAGCCAUGAUUGCCACACCUUUUUCUUCCUUCAUCAUGUUCUAGUACAGCAUUCAGUCACCACACGGCCAUCAGACGCGAAUCAUCUUGUGUAAUAACAUGAAUUCCUUUUGGGUGCACUUCUAGCGAUGCGUGAUGUUGUUCUCUUUCCUUUUACUCCUUUGCUUUCCCCUUGCCCUUUGCCUUCCGU